AUGCCACGUUACAGUGUCGUCACUCUCCAAGUUUACGUUCAGAAAAGCCGAUUAGUUUCAGAAGACAUAAGUCUGUCACCGGGACAAACGUCGUUGAAUAUCGGAUGUUUUCUAUUCGACAUAUUCUAUCAGAAAUAUUGUUUCGAACUGAUUUCAAUCAACGCGGAAACGGCCAUGUAUCAUCUUUGGAGAUGGAUGUGUGUGAACACUGAACCAGUUCCUCGAAUAGACGUAAAAUGGUCGAGCUGGUCAGCUUGGUCGGACUGUUCAGCAACCUGCGGUGAAGCGGUCCAGAAACGCCAACGAUACUGCGAAAAUGCUAAACCGUAUCCCGAUAAAGGUUGUGAAGGAAAUCUAUAUGAGACGAGAAGCUGUUCUUUGGCUGAGUGUACAGGUAAGGAUAAAUGGAGACAGUCGAGGAGUGCAGUUUCCUACAAAGUCAGAGGUUUCGCUGAGGAGGAAGAGGAGCCAUCUGGGACAGGUCUCGUGGUGAACCACUGA